AGCGUCAUCUCUUCCGUUUGCUUGACAGGCGACCCGGAAGUUUAAGCUAGUGCGCUCUCGGAUUCCAAAUAUUGUUAUAUAUUACUUUCAAAUACGUUUCUAUCCCGUUUUUUAUUUACUGAGACCUUACACCGUAUUACUGUUCUAUGUUACUUCCGCUUAAACGCACCAUAGAGCGUACUGUUUUGGAAAAAGAUUCCGGAAGCGAAACCAUUAGUAACAGGAAGUGAUUCUGAGUGAGCUCUCAGCUUGCUGUCAGGACAGCCUGGGCGGGUCGGCUUCGGAUUGGAGUUGGGUGCGCGGAGGUGUGAAACCUGUGAUUCUGAGCCGGAGAAUCUGUCUAGUGAAGCCCUCUGAUAAGGACAGGAGGAGUCUUAGAGAUUUUCAGCAGAAGACUUGGGGUGCGUUAACAUUGCUUUAGGAAAAAAAAAUGACUACUCUUGAAAGUUUAGAAACCAAAGCUGCCUGCACUUCCUGCCUCAGAAGAGAAGCAAGGUAUUGUUUGGUUAGCAGCCACAGACCUUCCUCCCAGGACGUUUGAGCAAUACUACCAUCAUGAGAGGGAUGUGUCAUCGCUGCAAGGGCUGCUUCUGCAAAGGAAACAUACAUAAGUAAUAAAUAACUAGAAAGUAGAAUCCAGAGCUUAUCUUGGAGAGUAAGAUUCAAAUUAAAGGUGGUAAAGUCAUAUAGUUUAGGAAAAGCAGACCAAAUAGUGAGGUCUGACACAUUUAAAUAUUUGUAUGUAAUUCCAUAAAAUAGCCUAACACUAGUUCUGUGGAUUAAUACAUAUUAGUUUGAAAAAGGAUUCCAUGGGCAGAUAAUUUAGGAGAUGCUGGAUUAAAGAAAAGCUUAUGCUACAGGACUCCUCAGAGACUUCAGUAUACCAAUGUACAUUGCGAAGUUCUAAAAAGAAAAGUGAUACGCAGCGUUGCCCACACUUAUUUUGACCAGGGAUCUCUCCUUUCAUGGAAAAUGUGGCAAGAAGAAUGGGUUUUGUUGCCAGUAAUUCUGGAUGCAGGGUAGAGCACGUACUGCACGGCAUUUCUGUUCGGUCAGUAUUCAGGUUUUCUCUUCCUUUGUCAGCCACCCCUACUGCAACCCCGAUCCGAGGAGCAGGAGAUGGAAUGGAAACUGAGGAGCCACCUAAAUCUGUUGAACCCACCUCUGGAGUCCAGUCCAUAAAGCAUCACAUCCUUCCGCAUCCACGGAAGAAAGCAGCUGCGUCAGAGAACCUAGGAGUUCUUCACCUAGGGAAGAUCCUCCCUGAAAAAGCAGUGGAAGUUGAAGCUGUAAGAAUAUUAGUUCCCAAAGCUGCUAUAAGCCAUGAUAUCCCCAACAAAAAUGCGAAGGUGAGGUCUCUGGGACAUCAAAAAGGAGAAUCCCUUGGUCACUCAGAGGGAGCCUUAGAACCUAUGAGAGAACUCUCUGAGGUAAAGCAUGUACUGGAAAAGCUGAAGAACUCUGAGAGGAGGCUACUACAGGACAAAGAAGGCCUUUCGAACCAGCUCCGAGUACAGACAGAGGUAAACCGGGAGUUAAAGAGGCUGCUGGUGGCUUCUGUGGGGGAUGACCUUCAGUAUCACUUUGAACGUCUAGCCCGAGAGAAAAACCAGCUUAUUUUAGAAAACGAAGCCCUAGGUCGAAACACAGCUCAGCUUUCUGAACAGUUGGAACGCAUGUCAAUACAGUGUGACGUAUGGCGGAGUAAAUUCCUCGCAAGCAGGGUGAUGGCAGAUGAGUUAACCAACUCCAGAGCAGUUUUACAGCGUCAGAGCCGUGAUGCACAGAACGCUAUACAAGACCUCCUGAGUGAACGAGAACAGUUUCGUCAGGAAAUGUUAGCCACGCAGAAAUUAUUGGAGGAGCUCUUGGUCUCCUUGCAGUGGGGAAGAGAGCAGACUUACUACCCUAAUGCACAACCCCACAGCACAGCAGAGCUAGCAUUAACAAAUCACGAGCUGGCAAAGGCAGUGAAUUCCCAUCUUCUUGGAAAUGUUGGCACUAACGGUCAAAAAAAGAUCCCAUCAACAGUUGAAUUUUGCAGCACCCCAGCUGAAAAAAUGGCUGAAACGAUUCUACGCAUUUUGGAUCCAGUUGCCUGUACAGAGAACUCACCUGAGAGUCCAUUUUAUGAGUCUUCACCAGCUACCUUACUUGCUACGAAGAAAAACAUUGGACGAUUUCAUCCCUAUACUAGAUAUGAGAACAUAACUUUCAAUUGCUGCAAUCACUGUCAGGGAGAGCUCAUUGCCCUUUAACAUUCAACGUGUUAGAGACAUGCUGCGGGCACUUACUCAUUACCCAAGAGUCAUUAUUAUUUGGGAGCUAGGGGUCAUAUAAUGCUACAAGGUAAGAUCACUUUCUAUUUAAAUAACAUAGAUCUCCAAAGACGUCUGAAGUAUUGGACCCCAGACUACCCUUUCUUAACAUCUCAGGGUAAGAAAAUAAAAUUGUGUUAAUAUAUUUACACUAGAGAAUACUUUUCAGGCAAUACCCUGUACUUUUUCUAAAGGACUCUGAAAGAUAAAAAUUCUGUUUCUCAUCCUUAGGCCCUCAAUUAUUAUUCAUGUUGCUGGGUAUUUUAUGGAAACCCUGGUGGCAUAGGGGUAAGUGCUACAGCUGCUAACCAAGAGGUCGGCAGUUCAAAUCCACCAGGUGCUCCUUGGAAACUCUAUGGGGCAGUUCUACUCUGUCCUAUAGGGUCGCUGUGAGUCGAAAUUAACUCGACGGUAGUGAGUUUGGUUUGGGUUUGGGGUAUUUUAUAUGAACAGGUUUCGUUUUGGUACUCUAAAACACGGAUUGGCAAAUGAUUGCCAUGGGUGAAACCCGGCCACAUGGCAUCUGUCUCCUCUCGUCUGUGGCUGCCUUUGCACUACCACAGCAGAGGAGAGUAGAUCCAACAGGGUUGUAAGGUCUGCGAAAUAUUUACUGUCUGUCCCUUUACGGAAAAAGUUACCUGAUCUCUACUCUAAAGUAAUAAUAGCUGGAGGAGGUUUCUUUCCCUUUUUGGUAUUUUUUGGGGGGCUACAAAAGAGGGUUACCUAAAUACUAGGGCCCAAGGGACUCAUAAUUUAAAAAUAAAUGCUGUCUAUUGGGAAAAAUAUUUUAGAGCCAAAUUAGCACAUGCAUCAGCAACACACGUUCUUUUGUUGGUUCUGUAUGCACACAACCUGACAUGAAGCAUAUUUCAACUAUUGAGCUUAUUUUGGUAAACGCAACACUCAACAGGCAUAUCCAACUUGAUUUGUAUAAAACAUGGUGAACACAGAACAUUCUAGGAACUCAAAGAAAAAAUGCAGUCCAUCAAUUAGUAUACUGUAUUUUUAUGCAGAUAAUGCACACCUUCUACAUUGGUUUGCCAACUGCACCCUUCCCUCACAAGAUAUUUUUUGUAGGCAAACUAUGCUAAUUUUUUUUACAACAGCACGUAAAAUAGGCAUAGUGGUACUUAUGAGAAUAACUUGCAAGGGGAGGGCACGGUUGGCAGACAAAGAAGGUGUGUAUUAUUUGCAUAUUAUUUGUAUUUUUAGGAUGAGUCAUCAUAAAAUGCCCUUUUACAGGCCUUCAAAAUAUCCCCAGAAUUAUACCAAAACAUUAAUUAGUUGUAGAAGUGCCUAUCUGUAAUGAAAUCUUCAAAAGAAAUCUGGUCAAAUAACAAUAUGUUUUAAUGACCUUUUUUUCUUUUUGGCUGAUUCAUCUGGGUGAUAUUUAUAGUUUCAAAAGGCAAUAAAUUUUUCUACCUUCUUUAUUGUGAAUAUUCCUUUUCUUCCCCACUAGAAUUUUGUGCUUUGGUUCAAGUCUUUCAUCUAGCUUAUACUAUUUACAAUUGAUUCUUCAACCUUUUCUUUCAGAUUUACUUACCUUUCCCAUCCGUUGAUUAUAGUUGCUUAGGCUAUACAUGUCUUUGGUAAUACGGCUAUUAAAACAAUACAUCAUAGUAAAAAUGACAUCACUGAAAAAAAAGUUACUUUCUAAGAUUAAAAAAAUCAAGUUUUUACCUAUGGCAUCACAAUUUUUCUUUGUACCUUCAAAUUUAAGAAGUGCUCUCUAAUGUUUUAAGUUAAAUGAGAUCAUGGACAUAAAAUAAAGUUUACUACAGGCCUGGCACAUCAGUAAGUUUUCAAUAAAUGUUGGCCACUGUUUA